AUGAUUUCUCAACUGCCAGCUAGAUCUUUAUUAACUGAGAGAGAGAGUCAGCACAGCCUUGGUAGCCUGAGUUCAUAUGGCUCAAGCGAGAGUGAACCUAAAUCUGCGCAAUCUGACCCUGGAAGGUACACCCAGGAGAAGUCACGUUUUACGUUUACUCACAAAGACAGCUCAGGCUCUCUCGCGUCAGUCAAGUCAGUCUCAAGUUUAGAGUCAUGUGGCAAUGGUUUGGCAGAUGAAGAGCUCUUGGAAGCAGCUGAGAUACCCCUUGAUGGCCGUGUGUUCCUGAGUGUGAGCGUCCCCUCGACAGAGGUUCAUACUGAGCCAGGAGGAUCGCAGUACACACUCUAUACUAUUCAGUAUGAUGCUAUUUACCUGUGUGAGAGUGCAGCAACACCCCAGACAGAAGGGGCAGAGGAGGUGGCGAAAGAACCUUUGGCUGUUCCAGAACCACGGAUGGUACUUCAAACAAACUGCGUGAAAAGGAGAUUUCGUGAGUUCCUGACCCUGCAUGCAGCAUUGGAGGAAGAUUCCAGACUACGAACGGCAAUGAAGGGAGUCAAGGGGCCCAAUAAAUGGCUCAAUUUACCCUUCAGCAAGUUGGACUCCACAACCAUUGCUACACGGAAGCAGUUCCUUGAAAAAUAUCUUCAGUCAGUGAUCCAGAGGCCAGAGGUGAAUAUAUCAACCCCAGUCAAGGAGUUCCUUGCAUAUGGAUCGGAUUCUUCAGUCUCAUUUGUCAAGAAACCCCUAGAGUUACAUGUUCCUCGUCUAGAUAAGCUCCUGGCAAAGACAGUAUCAGGUGUCUUCCAUAGCCUUAAAACGGCUCUUCCGAGCUUCGAGUCCUCAGACACAAGCACAGCAGGAGAGUCUGCAGGGAACCUAGGAGUGAACGGAGGUGCAGGAGGAGACGGCAUGUUGAAGAGCAAGAGUGGAGGGGUCCUCAGUGAGCGAAACAAACUGGCUGCUUUUCUCUCCAGUGGCAACAAAGCAGAGUAUGAGCUGAAACUGGAUAUCACCGCAGAGGAAGAGGAAUGCCUGAUUGAGGAAGCAUUAAUGGUUGAAAUUUCUGGCUCCGACAAGGACGAGUUAGUGGACACAGCAUAUGAAGCCAGAGAGUCACGCAACCUCUUCUCUCCUGUUCUUUAUAAAAGGAUUCAGCAACAGGAGCAGCAACAAUCAGUACAGCAACAGUCUCCAGAACAGCAGGUUCACCAGCACCAGCUUUCUGUUGUUGUGGGGAGAGGAAGUGCUGCUUAUGCGGCUCCCCCCUCACCUGCCUUCCAUGCAGUGCCAUCUCCUAGUGCCACAUCCAAAGAGGAAGCUUGUGAUGCUCUGGCACUGACAAGGAGAGAGAGCCAAGAAGAUUCUCCAAAUGAGGGAGAGGAGGACUGUGCCUGGCAGAAAUGGCCCCUCUCUGUGGGUGUGAUGGAUGCUGUGGUGGAGAUCCUCUCGCCUUCAGAUCACCCAAUCACUCAUCAGCCGUGUGUUACUCUUCUCACUCUCACUGCAGCACGAAUCACCCACAGAUGGCUACAGUCAGAAUUAGAGCGCUUAUCUUCUGAGCCUCAAAUGACAGAGUAUAUCCAUACUUUGAGAGAAGCAAUUCUCAAUGCUGAAGAGAGAACACCAGAACCAUCAUCCAGUGACACAGAGGCAUCUCGGGUACAGCUUCAAGAGGCUUUGAGCGACUUCAUUCCUGGGUUCUUGAAGAUGAUGCUAGGCAAAGAGCUGACACAGCAGGCAAUCAUGCGCAUGGUUGACUCAAUUCAGUACCCAGCUGUGACAGCAGACCUGGCCCUCCACAUCUUAGACCUCUUGGUCAUCCGCCUGAUCCCUGUUGCUCCACUCAUGCUUUGAACCACUUCCGAGGGUGCCCAAGGAAGCCCUCAACAAGAACAGUGCCACAUGUGAUAGAAAUAGAGUGUUAGCAGAAGUAUCUGCAGACCUUGUACUGGCAGUUUUUGAAUAUGAAUGAGAAGUGUGUUCACAGCUUUCAAAUUCUAAGAAGUCAGUUGGUUCCUUAUGAAAUUGAAAUGGAAUCUGAUAAAUACCAGUUUUAUUGUAAUCGGUAUACAUUGACAUCUUUCAUGUUCAUGCAUUCUGAUCUUAUUUGUGGCUAGCUCAUCCUAGAAAAUGGUGAAUUGGCUGAGCAUGAAAUUAAACUGGUUAUUUGCCAUUUGAUAAUCUGUAUAAAGUGUAAUGCAUGAAAGCAAAAGGAAGCAUUGUUUGUUUUACUGGAUUAUGGUAUAUGUGAAUAUGUUUUGGAAAUGAUACAGCUGCCCACUUUAUUUGAAACUGAACGGUUUGUUACUAUCGCAUAAAGUGAUCAGUAUUGUUUGUUCAGUUAUUAUCUGACAGACAUGAAAAUAUCCAGGAUUUUUCAUUCUGUAAUAUUACAGAGGAUACAUGAUCCCGGAAACAAAAGUCUUGUAUCAAAUGACAGCCUAAGAAUGCAUUUUGUUGCAUGCAUGAACAUUUUGGGAAUUACAAAGAAAUAGAUAAAGAAGAAGCAGAAGAAAAAGGAAAGAAGAAAAAUUAUGGACCAUAAGGGAAAUGUAUAAGCAACUAAAGGUUAACUAAGUUUCUUCUGGUAAUCAGUGCUUUGGAUCUCUCUGUCUUCCUCUCAGGAACACGUAUGUCUGUAAAAGCAGAGAAGGUGUUGUGGCACUUUGUACAAGCACAGCUGAGUAACAAAGGAAACAUAUCUCCUCCCCCCAAAUGAAUUCUAGCCACAUUGUUUUCUGUCAAUCUUGCUCUUUUGCAGCAUAUAUAUUUAUUAGAUCUUUUUCCAAAAGUGGCACUGUCUCUAAAUCCAUUAUGAAGGAUAUCAGUAUUAUUUUCUUUUCUUUUUUUCUUUCAUAUUUGGUAUUCCUGCCAUCAUUUUUGCCAUCUUUAUCAUCAUGGAAUCAUCAUCCUUAUGCUCAUUGUCACUGUCAUAUCAUCACCACUGUCAUUGCCAUUUUAGUCAUUAUUGGUAUGACUUCUGUUUGAUAGUUUUAACCUAUACUAGUCUCAUUAUUUAUUUUUUUUGUUUUGUUAUUUGACUGUUUACUUAUUAAUACAGUAGUUGUUUAUAAGAUGAUAGCAUGUUGCUUACAACCAUAUCUGAAUUUGCAUUUUAUUUUCAUAAUGUCUUUUAUUACAUUCUAUUUAUUACACAGUUUUGCAUUCAUUCUUGAAUUUUUAAUUAUUAUUUGUUUUGAAUUAAUGUGGUUUCAAGUAAUCAAGUGUCUAGUCUAUUUUUGAGGAGUCAUUAUAUGUUAACACAAUAUUUGUGUAUUAUCCCUUUCCAUUUAGUUCUGUUACUGUGAGGUAUUGAAUCUGAAAGGUUUAAAGAAUUACACAAUGUUAAUAUAAAUCUGUUCUGUGAUUCUUGUAGAUAAUAGAUAUAAAAUUUUUGUUUUGUUUCUUGUAAUUCAUGCUGCUGCUGCUGCAGUGUGUAUCUCUCUUUAAGUUAGGUAGAAGAAGGAUUAUAAUGAUAAAUUACACUUUUUAUUGACACAUAACUAGGGUUACUAAGUACUUUUGGUGUCUUUCCUUUUCAUAAACAAAGUCCAGUGAUGAUCGCUCUGUCUGUCCCUAUGUCUCUUUCUCGAUCUUGC